CGUAUACUACAUUGACCAGCAUGACGUGCGAGGCAACAUGCGCAGUGAGGUCCCUAGCGGCUACGUACAUAGUGACAUGCGCAGUGUCAGUAAUGUAGCUUGUGUUAGGUAAGAGGUCGCGGAAAGCCGGUUCAAUAAAAAAUUCGGGAAUGACAACGGCGUCUGUAAUAUCCCUUCCUCCUGCACCUCACACACACCUGAUAAUACCCUAAAACACAACGCAGAGUAUAGGCAGGGACUGACCGGUUGCACAUGUUCAGCGCCGCCAUGGCUGGCCGCCUGCUCACAGUAUCGUCCGCCGCCGCCGCGCUGUGCGCUUCCUCCGGCUUCUACCUUUACGGCAAACAGCUGGACCCCAGCAACGUCAGCGUGGUUCGGUUUGGUAGAGCCGCAUACACGACUGCAGUUAUCAGCUACGAUUACCUCACUUCCCUCCGAAACGUGCAGUACGGCACAGAGGAAUACUGGGCUCUGAAAUCCAAGGUUCACCAGCGCUCAGCAGAACGCCUCAGAGACCUAUGCUGUGCCAACAGGGGCACCUUCAUAAAGGUGGGCCAGCACCUGGGCGCCCUGGACUACCUGCUUCCCGAGGAGUACACCAGCGUCCUGAAAGAGCUACACAGUCGCGCCCCGCAGAGUUCCAUCGUCGAGGUCCAGCAGGUCAUACGGGAGGACCUGGGCAAGGAGAUCAGCCAGCUGUUUGCCAGCUUUGAGGACACCCCCCAGGGUGCGGCCUCCCUGGCCCAGGUGCACAAGGCCCUGCUGCAUGAUGGGAGGACGGUGGCCAUCAAGGUGCAGCACCCCAAGGUGCAGGCGCAGAGCUCUCGGGACAUCGUUGUAAUAGAGGUGCUCCUCAAGGCAGUGAAGUGGCUCUUUCCUGAUUUCUCGUUCAUGUGGCUGGUAGAAGAGGCCAAGAAGAAUAUGCCUUUGGAGCUGGACUUCCUGAACGAAGGCCGUAAUGCUGAGAAGGUGGCAGAGCUGCUCAAGGACUUCAAGUUCCUGAAGGUUCCUAAGAUCCACUGGGAUCUGUCCACCAAACGCAUCCUGACCAUGGACUUUAUGGAGGGGGGGCAGGUCAAUGACCGGGAGUACAUGAGACGACACAGCGUCGACGUUAAUGAGAUAUCGAGGAACCUGGGAAAGAUGUACAGCGAGAUGAUAUUUGUCCAUGGUUUUGUGCACUGUGAUCCUCACCCUGGUAACGUCCUGGUCCGGAAGUGCCCCAGAAGCAAGAGGAGUGAAAUAGUGCUGCUUGACCAUGGCCUCUAUCAGGUUCUCAAGCAGGCCUUCCGUCUGGACUACUGUCGGCUGUGGCGAGCCUUGAUGAAAGCAGACAUGAAGGGCGUUGAGCGGUACAGCCGCCGCUUGGGAGCUGGAGACAUGUUCCCGCUCUUCGCCUGUGUGCUCACCGGGCGUUCCUGGGCCUCCCUCAAUGCUGGCAUCAGCCAGACCGCCGUGACGAGCUUGGAGGACACGGAGAUCCGUGCUAACGCCGCUCGCUACCUGCCCCAGAUCAGCGAUCUCCUCAACAAGGUUCCCCGGCAAAUGCUGCUGCUUCUGAAGACCAACGACCUUCUGCGAGGCAUCGAAACGGUCCUGCAGACUCGCGCCAGUGCCAGCUCCUUCCUGAAUAUGUCCCGUUGCUGCGUGCGCGCCCUGUCCAGGCAUGGCAGAAGUGAAGCCAGAUCUAACCCUCGCUGGCUGCAGAUCUUCCUGUCCGAGGUUCUCACUCUGUGGCAGAUCAACCUGUAUGAACUCUUCCUAUGGAUGAAGGCUUCCAUGUUGAGCAGCUGGAUAGGAAACCUGGUCAGCUGUCUCCAAUUUGCACAGUGAUCCUCCAUGCUGACUGUAGCACAUAACUGAAGGUGGAAGAAGACUGAGGCUUUAUUAUGACAAAAGGCCAUUGUCAUCUCCACCAAGCGUCACGCACAUCGAAGAGUUGGAUUCUAUGGAAGACAUGAGGAAAUGUGAACAUCUACUGUUUGUUUAUUGUCGUGGAAGAAUAGCUUUUUUAUUUCCUUGUUGGUGGAAACAAAAUAUUGUUUCAUUGGACGUUCUGAUCCUGAACUUUCCACCUCUGUCUGCUCCCAACCUCCCUCGGUCCACCCCAGUUUUCCAUUCACAUCAGUCCUCCAUCUCCCUCUGGUUCCUUUGCUUACCUUAAUUGACUUUUGUAGAAAAUAUUCUGUAAGCCAAAAAGUGUUUUAUCCCUGCCUGUUGAACCUGGAAGAGUGAUGACUCAUGAUUUUACUGAUCUCUAAAUAAUUGUCUGUUUUUAUUUACUUGAAGCUGUCACAAUGUCUUUCCAUUAGUUGUUGGUGCUCUUUUGAAUGUGAAUGGGAGGGAGAUGUAGACCAUUGUGCUGAUAAUGGGUCCUGAAAAAAGCUUGGUGCUUGUGUGUACUGGGAAAAAAGUGAAAUGGAGCUUUCAGGCCGCUUAGCUGCUUGUGUUUAUACAGCUGUGUGGAGUUUGCUUGCCGGGUGCAGAGACAUCAUUUGACUAGAAUUCCGUUAUACCUGAUGUAGUGCCAUGAUGUCACUUCCUGUAGUUAGAAUCCAGACCAGAAAGUCCAGUUAUACAAGCUGUACAAAGGCUACUUUGACCAAGCUUUGACUGCGUCAGUCAGUCUGAUGAUUAUGUGAUGGGUCACCACUGCAAGAUCGCAGGGCUUUUAAACUACUCCCUCUCUGACCCCCCCCCAGACAUCUGCAUCGUCAGCCCAGGUCUCCCUCUCUGACCCCUCCCCGGACGUCUGCAUCGUCAGCCCAGGUCUCCCUCUUUGACCCCUCCCCGGGCGUCUGCAUCGUCAGCCCAGGUCUCCCUCUUUGACCCCUCCCCGGGCGUCUGCAUCGUCAGCCCAGGUCUCCCUCUUUGACCCCUCCCCGGACGUCUGCAUCGUCAGCCCAGGUCUCCCUCUCUGACCCCCCAGAUGUCUGCAUCGUCACCCCCAGGGCUACCUCUCUAACCCCCCCAGAUUUCUGCAUCGUCAGCCCAGGUCUCCCUCCCUGACCCCUCCCCGGAUGUCUGCACCAUCACCCUGGGUCUCCGUCGCUGACCUCCCAGACCGUCAGCCCCGCCUGUCCCUCUCGGCACCCCUGGACGUCUGCAUCGUCACUCCCAGGUCUCCCUUUCUGACCCCCUGGACGUCUGCAUCAUUAUGCCUGGCUCGUGAGGGCCUUUAUCGGUGUCUUCUCGUCUUAAUUAGACUCGACCUCUGUAGGCAAACGCAGCGGGACUGCUGGAUCUAUGUCUGAGUGUAAUAAAAAACCCAUCCAUCUUGAUCAAAGUGCAGGCCCCAGAGCUGCCAAAUGCAAUCAUCUAAGUAAUGGCGCCGUUUUCAAGCUGGGAGUUCUUUAGGUUCUCCCAGGCCUAGAGGAGGCUGUGCGCUUCUGUGCCUCACAAAUUCUCCCUGAUUCACCCUGUAUUAAGCUGCCCUUCUUAUUAAGGAUCUACGGCCAGGGUUUGCAUAAUUGAUUUCAGUGGAUGCCAUCUGAUUACACAAAGACAGGGUUUUUGUUUUGCCAAAUGUCAAACGUAUUCAGCCCCUUUUAUUGGAAACGGCUACCUGAAGAAAAUAUAUUGUAAUUGCAUAAAUAUUGUAAACAAACAA